CACAGUUGUGCUUGUGCAAAGCCGAAACUUUCCAAAAACAAAUUUCAUUCUAUUUUCUUUCAGUUACGAAGCCUUGCAAGGAGAAACAAAAAUUAUUUUUCGGGCUCUGAUUUGGAUCCUCGUUUCUUGCCUGGGUUAAAUUUUAUUCUAUACAGUUCCACUUGCACAUUGUUUCCUCAGUUCUAGGGAAUAGGUCAGGAAUUUGGAACCAAUUUCUUAAGAUGAGUGACCAUAUUGCAGCAGAUACGGAGAAGACAGAGGCACUGGAAACUAGAAAGAGAGCUUUAGAUGAAGAUGAUCCUCAACCAAAUGUAAAAAGACAUCUCACUGAGAAAGAGAGAGUAAAAAGAAAAAAAGUUGCAAUGUUGGUAUCUUAUUCAGGACAAGGGUACCUUGGCAUGCAAAGAAAUCCAGGAGCAAAGACUAUUGAGGAAGAUUUGCUAACUGCUAUGCUAAGAGCUGGUUUUAUACCCGAGGAAGCUUUUACAUCACCACAACAGAUACAGUUUCAGAGGGCAGCACGCACAGAUAAAGGUGUAUCAGCAGCACGCCAGAUACUCUCUCUUAAAUUACCUGAAGGUGCCAAUACCAGUGAUAUCAACAAGCAUUUGCCAGAUCAGAUCAGAGUUUUUGCUAUAAAACGCACAACCAAAGGUUUCAACAGUAAAAGUGCCUGUGAUGCAAGAACAUAUUCAUAUACACUGCCAACAUUUGCCUUUAUGCCUGCUGGUGAAGAAGUGUCAGAAAAUUUCAGAGUUUCUUCAGCUAUUAUUAAUAAUGUCAAUUCAGUGCUGAAAAUGUUUGAAGGAACACACAAUUUUCACAAUUUUACAUCAAGAAAGAAGCCUUUGGAUCCAAGUGCGCAUAGGUAUAUAAUGAACUUUGUUUGUGGUGAACCAUUCACCUCAGAAAAUAUGGAAUUUUGUACCAUAAAAAUAAAAGGACAAAGUUUCAUGUUGCAUCAAAUAAGGAAAAUGAUAGGAUUAGCAGUGGCAGUUUCAAGAGGUCAUACGACAAUAGAAACAAUAAAUAAAUCAUGGAAACCAGACAGGAUAGAUAUACCAAUGGCUCCAGGAGUGGGCCUUGUGUUGGAAGAAGUACAUUAUGAUCGCUACAAUAAACGCUAUGGAAAUGAUGGCCUCCAUGAACCACUAACAUGGGAUGACGUUGAGAAAGAACUGAUCACAUUCAGAGAAAAAUACAUCUAUUCAGCUAUUGUGAAUACAGAAAUCUCUGAGAAAUGCUUUUUGAACUGGUUGUUAACUCUUCCAUAUCAUAGUUAUGACAUUCGUAACCAAAAUGCAGAAUUGGAUAACUCAUCACCUAUUAGUGAAGUGUAUAAUAAAAAUGAAAAAGUUGAUGAAUCAACACUAAAAACUUCAAAUUCAGCAUUUGUAGCGGACAGUGAAAAUGCAGAAGUGAUAGCUCCCUCCCUUAAAAAUAGUUCCAAUGUACCCAAUUGCAUUGUAGAAGAGAAGAGUUAAUACAUCGCUGUAAUUUUAUUUUUGACAAAAUGAUUUUGUACUUUAUUAAAAACUUGUGUUUUU